AUUGAGCCGUGCCCAGUUCUGUGUACUGGCUCAUCGUCGCCGUCAACGCCGUCAACGUCCCCCUCAAGGUGAGUACAGCUCUGCCCGUUGCUCUGGAGACUCUGCUAGGCCGUAGGGUCGAAUGUCUGUCACUGUGCACGAAUCAAAGCAGCAGAAUGCGAUGGAUGCACCUCCUCCCUUCUGGAUGUAGCACCACCGAAGACAGCAUGUCUGACUGACUGCCUUCUAGAUGCCAUUCGUCAAGAAGGUCAAGUCCUCCGCCUACUUCUCGCGGUUCCAGGUCAAGUACCGCCGCCGGAGAGAGGGGAAGACUGACUACUACGCCCGUAAGCGGCUUGUCACCCAGGCGAAGAACAAAUACAACGCCCCCAAGUACCGGCUAGUUGUCCGCUUCACGAACAGGGAGGUCCUCGUCCAGGUCGUCUACGCACGUCUGCAAGGUGACUUCGUCCUUUGCGCGGCACGAUCGAAGGAGCUGCCGAGAUAUGGCAUCAACCACGGUCUCACCAACUGGUCUGCCGCAUACGCGACUGGCCUUCUUUGCGCGCGUCGUGCUUUGACUAAGCUCGGCCUCGCGGACAAGUACGAGGGUGUGACGGAGCCCGAUGGCACUCUCACCUUGACCGAGACGCUUGACGAGGAGGAUUCCCCGAAGCCAUUCAGGUGCUACUUGGACGUCGGCCUCAAACGCACGUCGACGGGUUCGCGUGUGUUUGGUGCCCUCAAGGGCGCCAGCGAUGGUGGUAUCUACAUUCCCCACAGCAGCAAGCGUUUCCCUGGCUACGACGCUGAGUCUAAGGAGCUCGACGCUGAGGUGCUCAAGAAGUACAUCUUCGGUGGUCACAUUGCGGAGUACAUGGAGUCUCUCGAGGAGGAAGAUGACGAGCGCUUCAAGAAGCAGUUCUCGACGUACCUUGCUGACGGCGUCGGCUCGGAGGACAUGGAGGAAAUCUACACCAACGCCUAUGCAGCCAUCCGUGAGGACCCCACCUUCAAGCCCACGGAGAAGACCACUGACUGGAAGGCCGAGACCAAGAAGCACAUGACUCCCAAGCUCACGCUCGAGCAGCGCAGGGCCAGGAUCCAGGAGAAGAUCGAGGCUUUCCAGGCUGGCGCGAACGAGGAGGACGAGGAGUAGACGCUUUCAUCGUACCAUUAUUACCCUACAUGCACUGCUUAUGUUGCCCGCUACGAGCGUCGCCUAUGAUCGUCAAAAGACAGGGCCAUGAUAUGCCAUGCCAUUGCUACGCAUUCUCAGUCGGUUGUAUAGAUUUCCUGAGACUUUGA